AGCUGUCUGUUUCGUCGUACAUUCGUCUUCUCACAGAGAAGCUGCAGAAGGGAAAACAAAAACGAAAAGAAAAACAGAGGAGGCGUUGCACAGCUCCUUCUCUCUAAUACACUCCUUAUUUACACCAAAAAACAAAAAGAUCUGUUUAACACCUACAUUUAACUUCUGUACUAUUGGGAGAAAGCCAUCGCUUUUUGUUUGUUUGUUUGAAGUUGUCGCAAAGAAAGACACGGGUGAGAUUGAACUGAUAUCGUUUCCAUUAUCUAAUCACUACCGAUUACAUUCUAGUCCCUCUCUUCUUCGAGACUCUUCACUGCCGACUUGAAGGUCGAAAUUUCUUUCUCGACUCGGAGUGGCAAACGCGAAGUAGAAGAUACACUUACCGAGGAAGCUUUGAAACUGCAAAAUGACGUCCCUCGUUGCUGUAGUGGACGGCGGCGCGAUGCGAAGUGCGGUGGGCGGGGCGAAGCGCCUCAACGCGAUAGACCUACAGCGCCUCAAAGGCGUCCUCAACGCGUGCGGUGUGGCGGAGGUGCGCGGGUCACCGCAAAUAUACGCCCAUCCCGAAGCGAUUCACUUGAUCUCUCCCAGGGACCUGAGUUUUCUGGUCGAGCACGCGGAAGCGUUGGCUACGCACAAGGACCUGGACUACGACGUCCGUGCCUUGACGAGCAUCUUGUGGGGUAUGGUGCAGCAUGCCGAGCGUCAUAUUGAGCGGGUGAUGCGCGCGGCGAAGGUGGAGGCUCCUGGCCUAAAUGAGAUCUACGCCGACGCUGUUGAUGCAGCAACCAAGCCCGUCCCCUCGGCCACUUCCUCUACUCCUCCCUCUGCGGCGGCAAAGGGGACAGGUACGGCGGAAGUGCCGGACAAGCUGAACACGUUGGCGGACGUGUACGCGGCGGUGUAUCAGCACCUCGUGCAGGUGUUCCGCGUAACGGCUCUGCUGCGCGCGUUUGAGAGCCCCGACGCACGGGCCGAGGUGCGGGAUGCGCGGCGCGUGGCGCAGGUCGAUGUCGACAGCGUGUCGCGACUAGCACGUCUGCUGACCCGUUUGUUUCUGUGUGAGGCGGGCGAGUCUCCUUCGACGCCGGUCGGCGCUGGCGGUGCCGUCUUGAAUGCCCUCGCAGCGUACAGCAAUGUCGGUCACCAUCUCAUCCGCACCACGGAGACUGCCCUGAGUUCUGUCAUGGUGUUGCUCGCGGCUCUCACGGCCCGACAGGGCAGUGACGCCCGUCCCAUUCUGCGGUACUUCCACGGCAUCGACGCGUGGAAGGCGAGUGCGUUGGGGCUGCAGGUGACGGAGAGCUACGGCGUCUCCAUCUACUUGCUGCUCUUUGCACUGCUGCAGCGCCGCCGCGACUUCGACAACGUCGAGGAGGUCGCCGCUCGACUGCUUAUCACGCGGCUGGCGACCCGCCCGCCCUAUCAGUGGCGCGUCUUCCGCCUCUUGUACUUUGGGGUGCAGGAGGUUGCUGCGGGACAGGCGCACACCGCUGUUGAUCGCCAGGGCAGCUGCGCCUACGGCCAACUCCUGGUCUUCCGUCGCAUCCAGGCAGCGCUGCAGCGGUGCUUGACGACGACCGGCAGCGGCACAGCGGAGGAGGAGGCCUACGUGAAGGCUCUCCGUCGGGCGGUUGCGGCGCAGGUGCAGCACGACUGGAUCGAUAACGACGGCGGCAGCGCAAGCACGAGCCCCACCCAACCGCGAUUGCUGUCCUACUACCAACUGCUCGUGCUGGCUGCCGUGCAAGGGAUGCCGGAGGCGGAUCUGACGAACGAGGCAGAUCUGGCGCGUCGCGCAGAGCAGACGAGGUUGUCCAGCGAACCGGACGUGCUGGUGCCGUCGUUCCUGCGGCUGCUCAUGGCUUGCUGCUACACGGUGCCGACUUCGUCGGGUGCCGUCGUGCCCCACUCGCUGCUCUCCACGCCGUCGACCAUAUCGCUGUACGAGUCACUGUCGAAGCACAUUUUCCAGCUCCCGUUGUGCUCGCAGGCGACCACCGCGAAGGAGGUGAACCAGCUGUACGCCAGCGGUGGCCUGCGCACCGACACAUUGGUGGACUUGUGCGUGUGGAACGCGGUGCAGAACACCCGCGAGGACGCCCGGGAGGCGGCGGAGGGCAUCGCUGCGAGGAGCACCGGCGCCUCGAACGUGGCGAGCGAGGACAAAGGCGUGUCGUCCACGCGACCUCUCCCACCGGUUCCCACGGCUGAAGGUCUCACACCUCUGCCGGCUCUUCCGCAGCCCCCAACGCCAAUGACGGCCCUCUUUACGCUGCUGAGCCGCGACGUGCGGCUUCUUUUCAACGGCAACGAAGACGUCUUGAAACACACACCAGAGGCUGCGCGGGUGCGGGCGAAGAAUUUUCCAGAAGGCUUUCGAGCCGUGACGUUGACCACCGUGCGACUGAUCUUCGUGGCGCUCUCCUCGGCGGAGCUGUUCGCCCACAUAUCAUCAACGGAUAUGCUGCCCACCGUAGCCCAGCUCUUUGCACUGCGCGCCUACUACCCCCUCUCUCCCCACGCUACGGAGGCAGAGCACAAGGCGACAGCGCGGCUUAUUGCCCUCAUGCAGAACACUCUCGCUGCGGUGCCCCAGCAGAUGAACUCGGCGACGGUGAACGACCUUUUGCGCCGGCAGCUCGUCCCGAUGAGCACGACGGCUGGACAAGCGAACCGCCUGCGACUCGCACUCUUCGAGGCGUACCUGCGUUCCAUGGCGACGGCGAGUGCGGCGAAUGCGGUGUCGGAUGAGCUGAUGCUGCGUCACUGGGUAGACGUUGCCGUGCCGGCCAUCACGAAUCGCUUCAGCGCCGCGCUGGCCAACGCCGGUCACGACUUCUUCAUCGCCGCCUUCCGCGCAGAGAAGUACGUGAGCCCGUUGUUUGUCCCAACGUACAUCGCACUGUACAUCCCAGGCGUCGAGCUGGAGAGCGCCGGCGGCCGCCGCGGCAGCGUCGUGGCGCGCGCGUCGACGUACCCGCCGUUGUCGGUGGCCGUCGUGCAGCACUUCGCGCGGUGGGUCCGCACGGCCUGCCGCGGCAUUGAGAGCUGCGACUCUACCGCCCUCGCGCGUCUCUUCGAGGAGAACGCCGUCGUUGAGGGCGAUGUGCCAGCAACGCCGUCGCUGGCGGCCGUUACGGAGUUCUUGUCAAGGCUUUCCCCAACGCAGCGUGCAGCCCUACGAAAAGUCACCCCUACCAGUGCCGCCUUGCUUGUCGUGUCCGCCCUCUUCGAUCGUCUCUGCCUAUUGUGGAACAGCACACCCGGCUACGUGAGGAAGGCGCGUGACCUCUUCAUGGCGUACUUCUCAGGGCUGUGCAAUCUACUGCAGUGCACCAACACAGCGGUGAUCCAGCGUGUGUGCGCCUCGAUAGAGGCGAUCGAAGUGGAGCACCUUCGCGGCUCCGGCAACGUUCAAUUUCAGUUUCUAAAGUACGUCAGCGCCGUCGUGGACAACGUGCAGGGUCCGUCCAAGGUGGGCAUUGCAGAGUGGUACUUGAAGCUGAACAAGCGCAUCCGAGAGCAGAACUACGGCAAAAAUUCGAAACUGUAA